UUGCCAAAAACUGACCGGGUUGAUGCAAACCCUCAACAACAACAUUAUCAACUCUGUUCAACCAUUGUAAACACAGACUUAGCCCAUCUCGUCUGAGUUUAAAAGUUUGACUGGUUCAAUGGCUCGUCAACACGUUUCAAUACGAUGUAAAAAUGCUGAUGAUAUUUAAACGGAAAGAGCUUAAGUACCUGGCAUCAACCCAACAGUGGCUCUGUGCACGUUUUGUCAGUAACGAGAAGCUGUAUGUUUAUAAUGGCGAAGUAUUUCAAAUAAGAAACGAAUAAAAAAAGGUUUGAGAAAUAUCGCAAUUUCAACUCAACCAAAUACUAUUAAAAGGAUAGAAUUACAAACUGUCACAUUAUUAUUAUUAGUAUGGGUCAAGCGAGAGUCGAAUGUCGCAAAAUUCAAAGAAAUUCACUAUCUCGGAACUAAAGCUGUAUACUGAUGUAUAAUUAAACCCUCAAAUUGAGCGCUUCAACUGUGCUUUUCAAAGUGUCGAUUAGCCUCCAAAUCGACGGCCAAUUCAUCAUUUUACCCAAACUUUAUACUGUACUGGUUCAUAAAUGUGAGUAAAAUGCGAGGGUUUUGAAAUGGCCGCAUCGAGAUUUGCCUCGUACGAUACUGGUUACGAUGAUGAACGCUUUGAACAGAUUGUCAGCAAGACCUUGCACUGUAUCAUUUGUACGAAUGUCAUCAAAGACCCAGUCAUGUGUCGCCAUAAUGAACAUGUAUUUUGUCGUGGUUGUAUCACCAGACAUCUCAUGUAUUCUCAGACAUGCCCGACAUGUAUAGAACCACUCACUGCCGAUACUCUGAAAGUGCCUCGUAACAUAGCGAACUUAAUUUCUGAACUUAAGAUCCGUUGUGAGUUAUUUGACCGUGGUUGUGAAAGAUUUAUUGAGUUGGGAGAUCUUGAAAAGCACGUUGCAGAGUGUGGGUUUGCUCCAGCAUUCUGCUCGAAUGAAGGUUGUGGACGGGAAGUCAACAAGCAAGAUUUACUUCAUCAUGAAACAGCUGUGUGUGAACUACGCGUAGUGAAAGGCGAUGAAAUGAAUAUCAUUAAAGUAAACUUGGCAUCGAUCAAUGAAAAAUUGGAAAGAAAUGAAGCGAAGGUCGCCGCUAUUGAGGAAAAUGUUUCAAAAGUUGAAAAGUUGGUUCAAGAACAACUAGAGAAGCAGGAAGAAAGCAAUCGUCGGCUGGAAGCGGACAAUGUUGAAGUGAAGAAAUGUUUGAAUGAAAUCACGAAGCAACUGAAGAAAGGAAUUCCAAAAGCUGAUGGAAUGGACAGAGAACCGAAAGUUGUUGUUGCUGGAGGCGAGGAGUCUGGAUCGGUGGAAAUGUUCAAUCUGGCGAGUGGGACCUGGACUCCACUACAGGCAAUGAGAGAGCAUCGCGAAGGAGCGACUUCAUUUGUGCACAACAAUCAGUUAUUCAUCCUGGGGGGUUGGAGAAAGACAUCUUUGGAGAAGUUAUCAUUGGACGAUGCUCAAAUUGACCAGUCCACAGCCAAGUGGGAAAUCGUUCCUGCCGAGUUACCUGGAUCAUUGUAUAGGCACUGCAGUGUUCUAUAUCUUGGAAGGUUGCUCGUGAUUGGUGGAUUUCAUAGAGUUACAUAUGAAUCUUCUGACAGAAUUACUGAGAUUUCUCUCGCUGCACCUUACACCAUUAAAGUGUUGUCGACCAUGCCACAAGGGAGAUAUCUUCAUGGUGCUGCCCUGUUUGGUGACAAGAUCCUGAUUGUUGGAGGAAGGGAGAACAUUUCCCAUAAAUCGAUUCCCAGAAAUGUUCUUAUGUGUGACAUCAUAAAAAAUGAAUGUCAGGAGUUGGCUCCCCUCCCCUACCCCGUGAGUCAAAUGGCCACAGUCAAGUGGAGUGAAGAUAACGUCAUCAUAAUGGGUGGUGUCGACAGUAACCACAAAGCAUUAAGCACAGUUUUAAUUUACAACAUCAAGACCCAGAAGAGUCACAUGCUUCCUGACAUGAAGUACAAGAGGAAAGGAUGUGUGGCUGCAGUUGUCAGAGACACCGUGAUCGUGAUGGGAGGCCAGGAUGAAAGAGGAAAUGCCUUAAAGUCUGUGGAAAGUUUUAGAUUUGACAGAUACAGCUGGGAAGAACUUCCAGAAAUGCACGAGGCAAGAUACGAGGCCACCGCAGCUGUUUGGUAAAAAACUGAAUUUUACCACGAGUACAGACGGAAUUUCGAAGAGUGAUUUUAGUAAAUAAACUCUUAUAUUAGAAUUAGGCAACAAAUGAACACAAAUUAGGCUCAGGUUGAACACAACAUUGGGUUAGGAUUAACAUGAAGUCGACUAAAGGUAUAAUUGUAAGGUUUAAUACCGAUUUGUACCUAAAAAAUAACCUCAUGCAACGGCUACUUUUUUGCUAGUGGUGUGUGAUUUUGAUAGAAAAUACAACAAAGAACUCGACGUCUUGGGGAAAGUCAAAGCCUGUUUACUGUAGAAGAAGUGAUAGUUAAAAUUUCGGGGUUUUUGUUAGUUAUCAGGAACUUUUUAAACGUCGAUUUAACGACACUCGCCAAACAAAUGAAGAAUAAUAUUCUUGUAUACGUUUGCAUGGUGACAUCAAAUAAGUAAAUUAGC